AUGCAAUCUAAGGAAAGGUCUUCUUCCCAAACAACAUUAGGAACUAAGCGAGGUUGUAAUAAUACUGAGAAUUGUUGUUGCAUAGUUUUGUCUGUGACCUAUGUCACAAAGGAAAAACUUGAUCAGUGGCUCUGUAGACAGCAAGAGGGUGGAUCAAGACUUGCAAAUGUGAAUCCAGCUGCUGAAGCAAAUAUAUUUGGUGAUCCAGAUGCUGCUGAUGUUGUAUUCACAAGUGGCGCAGAUAUAUUGGCAGUUGGAAUAAAUGUUACUCACCAAGUCGUAUUGUCAGGUUCUGAUCGAGAAAAGUUAGCAAGUUCAAAAGGAAAAUUUGCUCAAUACCUUACCGGAAUCUUAGAGGUGUAUUUCUCUUACCAUUGUGACGCAUACAACACCAAUGGAGUUUACCUUCAUGACCCUACAGCGUUGCUUGCAGCCGUUGAUCCUUCACUCGUAACUUGCACAGAAGGUGCUGUUAGAGUCCAAACCAGUGGCAUAACAAGGGGACUUACAAUUCUCUACAAUAAACAGAAAAGGUUUGAAGAAGUCACUAAAUGGUCCAAUAUGCCAACAGUAAAAGUAGCUGUGACAGUUGAUGCUCCUAGAGUUGUGAAAUUGGUCAUGGAUCGUCUUGUGGCUUGA